GUGUACCACCGGAAAAGAAUACGAUUUACACCGGAAGUUCCUGUCGGUGUCACAUUGACAUCGUCUAAAGCCGUCGCGUGUCAAAUUUUUUUGUGAAAAAAUACGAAACUGGAGUUGGAAUCUUGGCCCCUUGAUGCUCCUAUCCCAUCCCAAGUCCCAUUACAUCACAUGAAUUACCUUAAAGAAUAAUGUUUACAAGAGUCUCCUCACUUUGUGGGCUGUCCAGACUGUCCGCUCAGUGUCUAGGCCCCGGUAUUGCGCCCUUCCCAGGACCUGCUUGUGCUCCAGUCAAACAGCUCUGCGCUUCUGGCUCCGCUCUCUUGUGCAGUAGGCUGACAUGCUACUCCACGGGCCCCGCAGGCAACACGCUGCCCCCCCAGCGUUGGACGUCCCUUGAGCCGGAGCUGGAGGAGGCUCUCAUCCCGAGAAAACUGUCACUGUCCCCACUGGAGAGCUGGCUCUCCCUGCGCUACUCCCUGCCCCCCCUACUGAAGGUCAGCCCCUUGCCUCUGGAGGAUGGCCGCCCCCACGUGGAGUCCGUGUUGCCGGCCCAGUAUGCAGACCCGGCGCUGAAUGGCAGCGAAGGCUCCGCCCCGCUCCUCUGCAAGAAUGUACUGAAGAUUCGGCGCAGGAAGAUGAACAGGCACCAAUACAAGAAACUGCUUAAGCGUACGAGGUUUCGCAUAAGGAAAGUGAGGCUGGGGAGGAGUAGGAAGAAGCAGAAACGCUUUGAGAGGGAUCUAAAGAGGAUCUGGCAGAAAGCUGGACUAAGAAGACCUCCAAAGGGAUGGCACACCCCCAAGAUCUUUCUCAGGAAUUUUGGGAAAGACCAGAACGAACAAGGAGGCAAGACUUAGGAUACAGGCAGAAUACACACAGGACCAUCACGUCAUUGUUUGUACUGUCUCACAUUCACAGUUACUCAGUUAAUGAUGGUAAAGUACCACCUGUCAGUAUAAUACAGACUGCAUGUCGGACUAGGAAGCUCUCACAGUAUCCUGGAAGUCAGAGCACUGGACCUGUGUGACUUUUUCAAUUCUCAGUGUAUUUGCUCAUUAAGUGCAAACCUAAUGUACUUCCGUUUCAUUAAAAGACCUGUACAUACAUGUCUGUUGGCUCUGCGAUAUUUGCAAAAGUAACGAGUGUGGAAAGAACAACGCAGAGUCAGAUUGCACAGCUCUCUGGAGAGUUUGGUUUAGUUAGGCAAAAUAUGAAGCACUUUGGCAAUGAAAUUCAAACUCUACCAUAGUCAUGUUCACAGUGCUAUCCACCUUAUAUUUUGUUAGACAUAAGUAAGUGAAAUGAAUUACGAGGGCAUUGUUGAGGAUUGACCUUAUAGCCAAAUCCCCGCUCUUUUAACUUUAUCCCAUUGUUUGGGAAAUUGAUUUCCUCAGAGCUCCAUUAGAGGGCAGUACAGUUCAACUCCUUCCCCUCUAUAGGGGGAUUAUUUAAAAGGUUGAGGCACAGAAGCUCUUUUUUCCAAAGUGUUUUUUCUUGCAGCUGCUUGCGUUCUCCUUGAAACGCAAACGUAACAGUUCAGUUAAACAUUCAUAUCAUAAUCUAUACCACCUGAAUGAAUUUUUUAAUCUCUAUUUGAUAUAUGGGGUGUGCGGUGGCGCAGCGGGUUUGGCCAAGA